AUGAGGGUCCCUCUCUUCCUCACGCUCUCGUACCUCAUCGUGGCCGUCUGGGCUGGAGGCUAUGCAGGUUGUCUCGAACGCAUCUGGCUCUAUCAGGCCUACUUGAUCGAUGAGCUCAACGACGAGGCCGACCGGACAGUCGGCUACAAGUGCAAAAAGUGGGAUUACUCCAGCCACGUGUGCAAGAACAACGAAUGGGAGGCGUGCAACCCGAAGAGAAAGGGCGAAACACGUUGCCAGUUUGGUGACCUCGUCGUUAGCACCGGAAAAACCGACGGCAAAAAGACCGACUGGGAAGUCAAAAACGCCGAUGGUAAAACGAUGAAUGUCGAAGAAACUGCCAAGCAAUGCCUUUCCAGGUAUACGGAUAAAACAAAGUAUAAGAACGCUUACGGCAGCGUCUUUAACUUUCCGGGCCACACCGCCCUCAAGGGCGCAGGCGAGGAAUUCAACGACUACAUCAAGAAGCUCGGAGAUGCAGUCACCAAGACCGCGCAGUCGAAGAAGACCGCCGCGAAUAAGAACCGAUUCGACGACUUUGACGCCAUCACGGAGAAAAUCCUUACUGCCCGUGCGGGAGACCAUGGCAAGUUUGCCGUGCCGGCGGCGGAAAAGGAGCUGGGAGCCAGCAACGUGGAGACGAAACUCCGAGCCAGCGGUAACCCUACUCUCUCCAAGCAGAUAUCGGAUUAUUACGACAGGAUGUACGGUACAAACGCAAAGAACUCUAAAAUUAGCGACGAGAAAAAGGCCUAUGAUCAUGGUGAGGUUGUCAAUACGUACAAGCAGGUGCAGGCCGAUCUUGCCAAAUGUACUUAG